AGAUAAUAAUACACCAAGGUUCGGACCUUAUCGAAAAACUGAAAAGGCUUGUUUUUUCUUUUCUUUACUCCAUUCGCCGGUUAUACUGCCCACUUUGACUGUGACUUACUCCAAUCCACAAGCCAAGCAUCCCCCUUCCCUCCUCUCUCCUCUCCCCUCACUCUCUCCUCUCCCUCCAAUCCGGCCACACAAACCCCGGCCGUCUCCGCCUAUCCCGACACGCCGUCGCCCAAAACACCGUAACUAUAACCAACUCCACCCCUCCCAGCACCAGCACCGCCCUCUCCGCCUUCCCCCUUCCCCCGAAGAACGCCAACAACACAAUCGUCGGCACCCACACCACGGCGUUCAGGUACCACAGGCUGAAAAACAACACCAUGAACCUGCCCGCUUGGUAUACUUGCAGUCGCGGCGGGCCCGGGGAGAAUAUCCCGUACCGGUCGGGGAUCCGCAGUAGUCGCGAUUGGAUCCUGUAGCAUCGAGCGCCGACGGCGAGGCGCACCGGGUUUAGGGUGUUGUUGCGGAUUACGUCCUCUUUAAAGAAGGCCGUGGAGAAUAGGUUGCCGAGGUUGUGGAAGAGCUGUUGAGGCAU